AUGCAGGCUAUAUGCGAUAGCAAUCUUCGAUUUUUGGAUAUCUUUAUUGGCUAUCCUGGAAGUUGCCACGACGCCAACGUUUGGAAAAAUAGCCCAAUUUAUCAAAAGAUCUCGUCGGGCGAAGUUCAGCUUGCUAGCGGGGCCAUAAUAUUAGCAGACUCCCCUUAUCCGCUAACAAAAUAUUUAAUGGUCCCAUAUAGGGAUAAUGGGCAUCUUUCUACGGAAGAGAAACGAUUUAACUACUACCUUAGUUCCACACGAGUAUUAAUAGAGCAGGCUUUCGGCGUUUUGAGACAAAAAUUUAGAAUAUUAAAUCACAUCGAUGUAUCAUCUAUAAAGGAUGCUUCAAAAAUUGUAAUGGCCUGUACUAUACUACACAAAUUUAUAAUAGAGCAUGACGGCGAUCUAAGUUCAAUGGAUUCUUUGGAAAACAAUUUAGAACAAAAUAUAUCUGACAAUGCUGGCGCAAUAGAAGUUAUCGAAAACAUUAACGAGAAUAGGGAAGGAAUUAUAAGAAGAAACGAAAUAAAAAUGUUAUUUUCAUCGUAA